AUGAUCGACGAACUUGAACACGAUGGAGAGGAGGACUUCAUCUUCAACGAAUAUGCCAUCGAUGACACGCUCGAUCCUUUGAGCCGUCUGUUAAACUACCACUCCUCAGGAUUUUCGCUCCAGCGGGAGUUUCUACUGCGUGAAAUUGGCGACACGGUGAAGUUUUCUGGUUUUGAUCAAAGCGCCAAACUUAUUGUUCCUAUUCUUACUGAGUUUACUUCCGACUGUGAGCCUUCGGUGCGACAAAUGCUGGUGGGGCAGUUGCCAGAGGUGGCCAAGUUUUUCGUGGAGCAGGGGGGCGAUGCCGGGUAUGAGUGUUUGCUGAGCCGGUUUCUUCCCAUUGGAUUUGAGCUUCUCAUAGACAAAAACGUGGAAGUCGGUGCAUCGGCCUUGACAUCGUUAACAGAACUUGCCGAGCUAGUCAAACCAGAUGAUGUUCGUGAUCACUUGCUUAAUGUUGUUGUUAUGCUGGCCCAUGAUGAACGUGCGGAGGAGUACCGUGUUGUGGCAGCGCGUUUGUUUAACGGUUUGGCUGCAAUUUUUGGAAAAAACUGUUGUGUAAAGGACGUAUUGCCUGAACUGGAACUUCUUGCGAAUGAUAGCAAUUUUUCCGUCCGUAAAGCAGUUGGAGAGAACUUGGGGGUAAUCAGCAAGGUGGUGGAGGAAGAUACAGCGGAGAACGUUGUGCUUCCAAUAUUCCUGAACCUGUGCAAGGACGAAAUUUGGGGUGUCCGUAAAGUGUGUGUCAGCAGCAUUGAGGGGAUUGCCCUUGCUGUUGUCCCUGAGGCGCGUGUUUCGAAGCUGUUACCGGCGUAUCUUCUUUUGCUUCAAGACUCGUCGCGGUGGGUGCGCAAUGGUGCCCAUGACUCCCUUGGAACCUUUUUGCAUACUCUGAGACCGUCGGAUUUAAGCCCGGGGUUGCUGAAGUUAUAUACAGAUAUGGCGUUCCGAUCGGAAAACGGUGAUACGGUAUACAGUGAACCAUGUGCCUUUGCAUUACCUGCGGUGUUGCAGGUUGCAGGACGGGAACGGUGGAAUGAGGUGGCAGACGCGUAUGCUACGCUUCUCAAGGACGUAAAGUGGAAGGUUCGCAGAUCGCUGGCGUAUUCUCUUCAUGAAGUCGCUCUCAUUUUGGGUCAAGAAAUUACCGAAUCUGACCUUGUUGCCGCCUUUGAGUUGCUUCUGCGCGACUUGGAUGAGGUGCGGCUUGGGGUUGUGCUGCAUGCUGAUGUUUUUCUUGGUGUUGUGGGACCGACAGUGCGGGAGCGGCUCGCCCCGUUGCUAUGCCAUGUUCCUUUAGAGAGUGAGAAUUGGCGUGUACGCAAUGUUGUGGCGCAACGUAUUGGGGAUGUUGGUGUACUUCUUGACCCCGUUAAUAGCACGGUUCUGAACAUAAUCAUCAACCUAGUGGUUCGUCUUCUAGACGAUAGUGUGAUGGAGGUGCGCCGGUCGACGUAUCGCUCGGCUGCAAUUUUACUGCAACAUCUUGCCAGUGCGGGAGGAGAAAAUUCGUGCGGCGGAUACAUACAGACGUUAGUGCAAAUUGCCGAUCUUCACAGCUUUCGCGAACGGCUGAUGUUUCCCUACAUCGCUGAGGAGGUGGCAAAGCUAGGCACACCCUCCUUGGUGGAGCAGUACUUCCUCAGUGGACUGCUGAAGCUGGCGAAGGACGAGGUUGGAAACGUGCGGCUUGCCGUCACCGCCGUGAUGACGCGGACGUUCCUGGUUGACCCCUACUGGUCGACGAACCCAAAGAUCCUGCAGGUCAAGGACCUCCUCGAUGAAAAGAAUUCCAGCGGGUAA